CCAUAAAAGUGCACCACAGUCAAACAGUGUCGUAUUUGCUGCUCGAGGCAGGUGCGGCAUCGUUGCAUCCUCUCUCCUUUGCCUCUGAGCGCCUUGCAGAGAUUCAAGGAAGAACCUGGCCUGUAACUUACAGGUCAAACCUUUUGGAAAGCCUUGCUGCGGAUGGGUCGCUCCUUGUAGACUGUUUCUUCAGGUUAUUUGUCACAUUCACAAGGGAUUCCAGUGCUACCAGGGUGCACCUCUUUUUCUUACACCUUCUGACAAUGAUGGUGGCCAUCCAACACUUGUUCUCUCAUCUCCUGUAGACUUUUGCUUCCUGGUGGUGAACAUCCACAGCUCAAAAUGCAAAGAGACCGUCUGCUUGGAUGGACAAUUUCCCCGUAAACACAUUGUCCUCCCACCAAUUCCGCCGAUUGUUCUAAUGGUAUACAUCCCUUUCCUUCUAUACUUAUUCUUUCUCUUCAUUCUGUACAUGACCCUCAAAGCAUUCCCAUGCUGAUCCUUGUAGACUUCUGUUCUUAUACUGAUCCUUCCUUAUUGAUCCCUCUACACUGAUCCUUCUGUACUUAUCCCUUGCACUCCCUCUGUCUUGAUCCUUCAAACCAUUUACGUAUUGAUACUUCCAUACGUACUCCUUUGUUUCUGUACUGAUACUUCUUUGCUUCAUUUGUGUUCUGACCCUCCUGUUUGGAGACGUGUUUUUCUGAAACAUGGAUGACCAAGAACUCGCACUGUCCUUCACCUCUCCUUCCACAUUGAUCCCUACUUCCAUCCCGGGCCUCCGUGUCGCCUCCGUCCACAGCCCACACCAUUGCUACCACACAAGGAACAUCAUUUUGUACCAUUACAACCACACAGGGAGGAUGAACAACCGGCAGCCCCAAGAGGACAAAAUGAAUGCUCUCAAGAUGGUCAUCAUCGCCGCCAGCUGCCUCAUCAUCCUGGAAAACCUCCUCGUGCUCCUGGCCAUCAUCCGGAAAGUGCGAACCUGUCGGUGGGUUUACUCUUGCCUGGCAAGCAUCACCUUCAGCGACCUGCUGACCGGGAUCGCCUAUUUGGUGAACCUUUGCUUGUCUGGGAGCCGGACUUUCCAGCUGACGCCCACUUUGUGGUUCCUUCGCGAGGGGGUCCUCUUUGUGGCUCUGGCUGCCUCCACUUUCAGCCUGUUGGUGACCGCUGUUGAGCGCUAUAGUGCCAUGGUGAAGCCCAUUGCAGAAAACGCGGCUAGCAAAACCGUCCGCUUGCGGAGCCUCAUCAUCUUCUGCUGGACCUUGGCGGUCUUCAUUGGCUUGCUCCCCUUGCUGGGUUGGAACUGCCUCUGCCACAUGAGUGGCUGUUCCACCUUGCUGCCCCUUUAUGCCAAGAGCUACAUCCUCUUUGCGGUGGUCAUCUUCAGCGUGGUUUUAGUAGGUGUUGUGGGGCUCUACGCCUCCAUUUACUGCUGGGUCCAGAGGAGCACCACGCAGGUGGCCUCAAGGAACGGGCGCAAGAGGUCGCUGCGGUUGCUGAAGACGGUGGUGGUGAUCCUCUUUGCAUUCUUGGUGUGUUGGAUCCCCCUCUUCAUCCUCCUGGUGAUCGACUAUGCCUGGGCCAAUGAGACCUGGCAGCUCCACAAGGUCUUUGGCUGGAUCUUGACGCUGGCGGUGAUCAACUCCUUCAUCAACCCCAUCAUCUACUCUUUGGGGAGCAAGGAGGUGAGGAUGGCAGUCGCUGACCUCCUCUGCUGUUGCUGCAUCUGGGCCGGAUGGCAUUCUUCAACCACCGGUGACAUCUCCACAAACUCAUCCACGGCCACAGAGAGUUCGCUGAAGCUGCGGGAGAGUUUCCGGGGUCGGUUGCCUCACAUCAGAAGAGGCCGAGAACUUCUUUCCAGUAAUUCAAGCGUGAUGAGUACCAUGGUAGCAGAUGAUGCCUGAGUGAGGAUCUAGGACAGUGCGAGUUCUCAUCGCCUUUGGGACAUGUCAUUGAAGGGACAAAUGAGGGAGUGUGUGGAGUGUGAGAAGAACCAUAAAUAUGCUCUGAAUUAGAGCCUUGAUUCUUCAGCAUCCUAAAAUAUGGACUCGGGUAUGAACUCUUUUGCCUCAUGUUCUGAAUGAGAGCCUUGAUUCUUCAGCAUCCUCCUAAAAUAUGGACUCAGGCAUGAACUCUUUUGCCUCAGGUUCUGAAUUAGAGCCUUGAUUCCUUCAGCAUCCUCCUAAAAUAGGGUCUCAGGUGUGAACUCUUUUGCCCCAUGUUCCAAAUUAGAGCCUUGAUUCCUUCAGCAUCCUCCUAAAAUAGGGAAUCAGGUAUAACCCUUUUGCCUCAUGUUCCAAAUUAGAGCCCUUGAGAAACUGCAAGUCGCUUCUGGUGUGAGAGAAUUGGCCGUCUGCAAGGACGUUGCCCAGGGGACGGCCGGAUGAUUUGAUGUUUUUAUCAUCCUUGUGGGAGGCUUCUCUCAUGUCCCCGUAUGAGGAGCUGGAGCUGAUAGAGGGAGCUCAUCCGCCUCUCUCCGGAUUCGAACCUGCGACCUGUCGGUCUUCAGUCCUACCGGCACAGGGGUUUAACUCACUGCGCCACCGGGGGCUCCUGAUUCUUCAUCAUCUUCAUCAUCCUCCUAAAAUAGAGUCUCAGGUGUGAACUCUUUUGCCUCGUUUUCCGAAUUAGAGCCUUGGUUCUUCAGCAUCCUCCUAAACUAUGGACUCAGGUGUGCACUCUUUUGCCUCAAGCUCAGAAUUAGCGCCUUGAUUCCUUCAGCAUCCGCCUAAAAUAGGGUCUCAUGUGUGAACUCUUUUGCCUCAUGUUCUGAAUUAGAGCCUUGAUUUUUCAGCAUCCUCCUAAAAUAUGGACUCAAAUGUGAACUCUGAAUUUAAACAGCGUAUUUUAUUAUUGAUACAAAUGUUUUUAAUGGUUAUGUAUACAUAUAAUGAA